AUGACCUCGAUUGAUAUUUAUCAAUUAGAACCUGAACUUCAACAAGUGGCAGUAGACGAUUAUACAUUUAAAAAUUGGUCAAAUACGUUCACAUGUAAACCUGAAUUAUUCUUUCGUCCUAGGACAGAAAAUCAAGUUCAAAAAAUAAUUUUAUUGGCAAAUAAAUUGGACAAACCACUGAAAGCAGUCGGCAGUGGGCAUUCACCUUCUGAUCUAGCAUGUUCUUCAGGAUUCAUGAUCUCUCUUGAAAACUUGAAUGCUCUCUUGAAUGUUGACAAGAAUAACAACACGGUGACAGUCGAAGCUGGUAUGUCCCUUCAUAAACUACAUGUAGUUUUAAGAGAAAAUGGUCUUGCUCUUAGUAACCUUGGCUCUAUUUCUGACCAAUCUAUCGCUGGUGUCAUGGCUACUGCAACGCAUGGAACGGGUGCUCACUUUGGCUGUCUGUCUACAUUUAUUGUCAAUUUAACAUUGGUGACAGCUGACGGAAGUAUUCUAUUUUGUUCGUCAGAUGAAAAUAGACAAGUAUUUGAAGCAGCUCGAUGUAGCUUAGGUGCUCUGGGUAUCAUCACUCGUAUGACUUUGAAAGUUGAACCUGACUUCAAGCUAGAGGCUAUUCAAAAGCCAUAUAAGUUUUCUAAAGUAUUGAAAAAUUGGGACGAUGUCAUUCAUUCAUCAGAGCACACCCGUAUCUGGUGGUACCCACAUACAGAUGAUUGUGUUGUGUGGAGAGCAAAUCGUACAGACAAGGAGAAAUAUAAAUCUUCGCCAAGUUAUUUUAUGGAAAGAGUAUAUGGAUUUCACAUCUAUCAGGCUAUGCUCAAUGUCACACGAUAUGGAACCUCUUUAAUUCCUUAUCUCACAAAACUCAUGUUUAAAACAUUACAUAGUAAACCUAUUCAUGUUGUGGAUGACUCCAACAAGGUCUUCAACUUUGAUUGCCUCUUUCCUCAAUAUGUCAACGAAUGGGCCAUUGACUGGAAAGAUGCGCCUGCAGCCUUGAUGAAAUUGGAUAAAUUCAUUACCGAAAACGACCUCAAGGUUCAUUUCCCAGUAGAAAUUCGCUUUGUGGAUGAAGAUGAUGUUUGGUUAAGCCCUGCUAAUGGACGUAAAACUUGUUAUAUUGGCGUGAUCAUGUAUAGACCUUAUGGUAAGCCUGUUCCUUAUAAGAAAUACUGGAAAGGAUAUGAAGACAUCAUGCGUGAAUACAAUGGUCGUCCUCAUUGGGCCAAGGCACAUGGUCAAACAAGAAAGGAUUUGGAAGCAUCUUAUCCUAAAUUCAAGGACUUUUUACGUGUUCGUCAACAGUUGGAUCCAAAGGGCAUAUUCCUCAAUGAUUAUUUAAGACGACACGUUGUAGAAGACCGUCAGACCAUUGAAGUGGCAAAAUUAUAA